UCUCCUUCUCAAAAUCUCUCUUCAUGUUGAGCUCGUUCACAAUAUCUUUUGCUUUUCCAAUGUCCCCUUUUCCACCGCCUUGAAAUUCUUCAAUGUCCAAGAUUUUGGGGGUAUGAAUCAAGAUUGCUGAAUUUAUGGGAAAUUUGUUUAAGAAAUGAAAUGUAUCAAAUGUAACUAUGUAAUUGCGGGAAGUUGGCUAAGUCAAGCAAGCGCACAACACAGGAUAGAGGUCGAUCUAUGAGCUUUGCAAGUGUUUGGUUCGAGUAUAUUACUUAGAAAGUGUAAACAAAAAGAAGUCGAAGAUCUUUUGCGAUGCCAUCAUUUAGUCCUACCGCUUCUUUGAAAAGCAGCCACAGUUCUCUAUCAAGUUGCAGUGAUAUUUUGUCAGAUGGGAACUUUUAUGAUCGGCCUUACGUGGUAGAUAGCAGCCUUGUUGACUCGAGCAUUUUAGUUAAAACGAAUGGUUUUCAUCAAAACGGUAAUUUGGUGAAGCAACAUGUUUUAGAAGGUCGAAAGAUUAAUGGUUUUGGGAGUGUCGGAGAGAUAGAAACUGCUGAAGUUCCACUAGGAACGAGCAACAAUGUCGAAAGACUGAGUUCAUCCGUUGAUGGAUCUGCUGCAUUUCUUCCGAAUGAUGAAGGGAGUGCCGAGUUCUGGCUUCCCCCGGGGCCUGAAGACUGGGAAGACGACGUGAUAGGUAGGGUUGCAAGUUAUGAUGAUGAUGACGAUGAAUGUGGGGAUGGCGCCACCUGGGCUAGGCCUAGUUCUUUAAGCAGCUUCGAAGAAGAAGGAAGUGCUAGUUUCAAGUUCAGAGAGGAAAAGGUUAAAGCAAUGGACAAUGUUAAGAACGGAAAAUUUGCAGCCCUCGUUGGCCAACUAGUUAAGUCUGUUGGUGUUAGUUCCUCCGGAGGUCAGGGCGAAAACUGGGUGGACAUAGUGACUUCUUUAUCUUGGGAGGCUGCUGCAUUUGUGAAGCCGAACACACAUGAAGGUAAGGCCAUGGAUCCCGAUGGAUACGUGAAGAUUAAAUGCAUUGCAAGUGGUUCACGUGGUCAAAGUCAAGUAUAUAAAGGACUCGUCUUCAAAAAGCAUGCUGCUCACAAACACAUGCCGAUUAAGUACAAAAACCCUCGACUGCUGUUGAUCCAUGGCUCACUAGAUCUUUCCUCCGGUGGAUUAUCGUCAUUCGACUCAAUGCAGCAGCAGGAAAAGAGCAAUCUGAAAACUAUUGUCGAUAUGAUAGAGAAUUGCCAUCCAAAUGUUAUCUUGGUCGAAAAAUCAGUUUCUCGAGACAUACAAGAGUCUAUUCUUGCAAACAGAAUGACACUUGUGUUCGAUAUGAAGCUGCAUCGGCUAGAUAGAGUUGCUCGCUGUGUUGGUUCACCUAUCUUGUCAACAGAGCUUGCAUUGGGUCAGAAACUUAGGCAGUGCGAGUCCUUCCACAUUGAAAGAUUUGUCGAAGAACAUGAUGUUAGCAAAGAUGGCGGAAAGACACCAAGUAAAACUUUGAUGUUCCUCGAGGGCUGCCCUUCUCGACUUGGAUGUACAAUUGUGUUGAUGGGAGCAAGCAGUGACGAACUGAAAAGGAUUAAAUGCGUCAUCCGGUGUGCAGUUGUCAUGGCAUAUCAUUUUAUGCUCGAGGCUUCCUUUCUUCUCGACCAGACCUCAAUGUUCUCCACGGUUUCUCCAUGUGAAGUGCUGUACCCGACACUCAACAUCCAAAGAUCGACUUUGGUUGGCUCCGAGGAAACACACACGUGCGAUUCCAAGGUUUCCGAUGCAAUUGACAUUCCCAUACCCAAUGGUUUCCAUCAAAACGACCCGGAAAACCUGAUGUCUUCCUCAGAAGGAAGUUCUUCGUUAUCGUCUCACUCCUACAGCCCAGACACAUUUCCAGGGCUAUCUCUUUCAACAUCAGUCGAAAAAGCUAUGAAUGACGGUUUUCCCCUUUUCUCCGUCUCUUCUAAGAGAAUUACCAGUCCGUUUGGUUUUAACGGAAGAAAUCAAGAUGGUGAGGCUGUGGCUAAAAUUGAUGACAUGCAAAAAGACGGAUAUAUGGAAGAUAAUUCGCCUGACACUCAACCAGAAUUAUCGGAUACGUGGAAUCAUAGUGAUAAUGCUGAAGAUCAGUUGCCUAGCAAGGAUGGCAUCUGCGCGGCGCUUGAUUCCGAGAGCAUAUUAGUGUUGUUGUCCAGCCGCAACGCUUCAAGAGGGACUAUCUGCGAGAAGAGUCAUUUUUCUCACAUCAAGUUCUACCGGAGCUUUGAUGUUCCUCUCGGAAAGUUUUUGCGUGAUACUCUGCUCAGUCAGGGACUCCAUUGCAAGACAUGUGGAGAAAGCCCUGAGGUGCACUCUUUCUUCUACGCGCAUCACAACAAGCAACUCACAAUCCAAGUUAGACGUCUUCCUGCUGGAAAAAGUUUGCCCGGUGAAACUGAAGGGAAGCUUUGGAUGUGGAGUCGUUGCGGUCUAUGCCAAGAUGGAAGCUUAAAAUCGACGAAAAGAGUGUUGAUAUCUACCGCUGCCCAUGGUUUAUCAUUUGGAAAGUUUUUGCAGCUCAGUUUUUCAGACGUCUCUUCGUUCAAUUGUUCGUCCAGCUGUGGCCAUUCUUUCCAUAAGGAUUUCUUGUACUUCUUUGGACUAGGCCCCAUGGUUGCCGUGUUCAAGUAUUCAUCAGUUGCGACUUGCUCGGUGUCACUCCCGCCUCAGAAGAUGGAAUUCAGUGCUUCUGUCAAAAAGGAGUUUCUUAAGAAGGAAUCCGAUGAUGUAUAUCUGCAAGGGAUGUUAAUGUUCGUUGAUAUCGAAAAGUCCCUUAAGGAAAUAGAAGCUCGAUACAUCGGGGUGACUCUCAAUAUUCAGGGCUCGAGCAAGGAAUUUUCGGAUAUUAUGCUCAUGCUGAAGCAGGAAAAGUCUCAAUUCGAGGUCGAAAUUCAACAUGCUAUGAAUGAUGAAAGUGAAGUUGAUGCUGCGUCUAGGAUCCUAAGGUUGAACACGUUUCGGUUGGAACUUCUUCUUAAAUCAUGUGUGUGGGAUCAAAGACUUCACGCGUUACUUUCAUCCGACAUCAAGGUGAUUGAUUCUAACUCUAUCGCCUCAGUAUGCGUUGAAGCUAAUGAAUGUCCAGUUACAGAGAUUCGUUUAAAUGGACAAGUUGAACAAUCUACGGGUGUGUGGUUCGAAAAUGGAUUAUCUGUCGAUGUAUUAUUGACAGAACAUCGUACCAAAGAUGGUGUUUCUGAUUCAAGAGAUGAGCCCCAUCGCUCUUUGUCUCUCGACCUAGAAACAGAUAAGGAUUGGAUUUGGGCCGCGUUUGAUGACAUUCGACGUGAAUACAUGGAGGAUCUGCAGAGAGGCUACUUGCCAAAGAUUGAAUCAUUUAGCAGUUAUGCUGCAGAAUCCGUCCCUCAGAAAAUGAUAAAUGACGAGGGGUCAAGGCUGCACAUUCCUCUCGGUGCUAACGACUAUAUAGUUUCCGACUACGAAGAUGAAUUCUCGAGCAUAAUUGCUUGCGCUCUGGCCUUACUGAAGGAUUUUGAGGUAGCAACGGAUGAUCUAUCCGAGAGAGAAAGAGGAAACGAUUUUAAACCGAACGAGAGUUCUCAGAAACUGACGAGAGUUUUUUCGUUAACCACUUCUCGUUGGCGUUCCUUUGGCUCGUUGGAUUCCGAUGGUCUACACUCUCCACCUGCCAACUUGGAAGAUUCACACACAUCAAGUUUCGACGGUCUUGAUUUGUUAGAUUCGACGGUUUCCUAUAGUGCUAGCCACUUGGAGGUGUCUAUGGGGUUGGGGAGAAAGCGCAAGUACUCCGUCGUUUGCCUUUACGCAAGCCAGUUCCGUCAGCUGCGCGAUCGUUGCUGUCCUUCCGAAGUCGAUUUUAUUGCCUCUCUGAGUCGCUGUAGAAACUGGGACGCGAAAGGCGGGAAGAGUAAAUCUUUCUUUGCUAAGACGCUAGACGACCGUCUUAUCAUCAAGGAGAUUAAGAGGACAGAGCUCGACUCAUUCAUGAAGUUCGCCACGAACUACUUCGAGUACAUGAACGAGUGCUACGAGCUCGGAAACCAGACGUGUCUUGCUAAGAUUCUCGGAAUAUACCAGGUUACAAUACGAGCUCCGAGAAACGGGAAGGAGACGAGGCACGAUCUUCUAGUGAUGGAAAAUCUUUCGUUUGGUUGGAAUAUAUCAAGACAGUACGAUCUCAAAGGAGCUCUGCACGCUCGGCUCAACACGGACGAGGCAGGGGAGGUUCUUCUCGAUCAGAAUUUCAUCAACGAUAUGAGUGUUUCGCCACUCUACGUUUGCAGGAAAUCCAAACGGAACCUGCAGCGCGCUGUAUACAACGACACAAAUUUCCUCAACACGAUCAACGUCAUGGACUACUCGCUUCUCGUGGGGGUGGACACUCAACGAGGUGAACUGGUAUGUGGCAUCAUAGACUACCUCAGGCAGUACACGUGGGACAAGCAGCUCGAGAAUUGGGUGAAAUCCUCGCUCGUUGUCCCCAAGAACCAGCUGCCGACCAUCAUCUCUCCCAUCGAGUACAAGAAGAGGUUUAGGAAGUUCAUAAGCACACAUUUUCUAACCGUUCCAGAUCACUGGUGUUCCCACAGGUCUUCCGACCCUUGCACGGUCUGUAGUCCGGCCUCAGAUAAUGGCGUGCAGCAGAAGAAACGGGGGAAUGAGGACGAUGGCUUGUUCCAUACGACGUCGCAAAAGCAGUGGAAACGCGAACAAGGGACUCUAAAGGCUGCCUGAUUUCGAGUCGUUGGUCGUGGUUUUGUUGUCCGUCUAUAUAUUGAAUCCGGCUACGUUGUAUAUAGUCGAUCGCCUCGUAAGCCUGCAGUUAUUUUAAGCAGAUAGUUUUGGGGGCAUUUUGGUGUGUUACAUUACACGUCGUUACAUAUAUGUUUGUUUUUGUAUGUAUAUCACCUUGAGCAACUGUAAAAAGGGCAAUGGAAUAUUUCAUCAAAUUCAAAUGUGGUGGUUAUUUAUUA